AUGUCUCGUAGUGAACUCUUGAUAACCCCCACCACUUACCCAGACUUUUCACAAGCAACUCGUAAUGCACCUUUAAUUCUCUUUGAUAGACCCUUUUCAACUGGCCAUAAAGGCUCAAUUCCUGCACUUGCUACAUGUCGAAAUAUCAUUAUUACGGGAUCUAAUAUUCUUCGUACUUGGGAUAUCUUUUCAGGGGAAGUCCUGACCACUGUCACCUUCUCAACAGAUGGAUCUACUAACGGCACAAACUCGCCCAAUAAUGAAUACAAUGAUAAAAUUCGUGCUGUUGCAGUGGCACCUACACGAUCACCAUUAGACGAAGGCCGUUAUCUUUGGGUGGCAAGACAUGAUUCGGUGCUAUGUAUUGUUGAAGUUCAUAAUAGAACCCAUCGAGUGCUUAGUAAACGUCACGACAUUCAUGGGGCACCUAUUACAUUCAUUUUACGAUACAGUAAUACAGAAAUUUGGACCAUUGAUCAAAGUGGCCUCUUAUGUAUAUGGGACGUCAGUAGAGCAGAAUAUACAAGUAAUCAGAAUCCUCUAUUCAGUAUGCCUCGUCGUUAUCAUGUAACUGAGCGAGCGGUUACUGCUGUUAUCUAUGGAUCCCAACUUUGGAUGUCUGCAGGUCGAAAGAUGUGUGUUCAUACUACAACUGCAGCAGAGAUGUCCGUUCGAAUUCCAAAUGACUUGGGUAAUAUUAAAAAAUUAAUCACAAUUCCUUAUCAUCCAUAUCGUGUAUUUGCUGCACAUGAUGAUGGAAAAGUCAGUAUUUGGGAUUCAAAGACCCUUGAGCGUAUACAGGUUAUCACAGUUUCCAUGUAUGGUAUCUGUUCAAUGGUAUCCGUAGGUGAAUAUCAUGUUUGGGCAGGCUAUAAUACCGGUAUGAUUUAUGUUUAUGAUACGAGACCUGAAAAUUGGACAGUUCUCAAAAUGUGGAAGGCCCAUACAGGUGCUGUAACACAAUUAGUUGUAGAUGAAACAAGUUUAUUAUUAGAUGAAAUUGGAAGUCGAUUACAGGUUGUUAGUAAUGAUUCAAAUGGAUUUGUAGGUGUUUGGGAUGGUUUAUUAACAGAAUAUUGGAAAGAUGAUCAUUUGCAAAAACGGUCAAAAGAGUAUUGUACAUAUGAUGAAGCACGAGUUAUGAUUUGUUCAUGGAAUAUAGAUGCAAAUAAACCCGAAAAGAUAUGUGAAGAGGAUAAAAAAGUAGUACGUGAGUGGCUUGGGACAAUGGAAGAUCCAGAUAUAAUUGUAGUCGGUAUUCAAGAAAUUGUUGAUUUGGAAUCGAAAAAACAAACUGCUCGGUCCUUGUUUUUUAAAAAGAAAGUAGACCCUAACGAAUCAGAAGAUGUUUUGACACAUCGAUAUAAAUUAUGGCAUGAUUAUUUGAUCGAAGUGAUUGCAAGCAAUUACGGAACACAUACAUAUACAGUUAUCAAAACAGAUCAACUUGUUGGCCUCUUUAGUUGCAUCUUUAUUCGUACGACAGAUUUAGAUCGUGUCUUUAACAUUGAUUCAACAUCGGUUAAAACUGGGUUAAAGGUGAUGAACAAGAGUAUUCAUGGUAACAAAGGCGGCAUUGCCAUUCGAUUUGUAUAUGAUCACUCGUCCCUUUGCUUUGUCAACUGUCAUUUAGCAGCUGGCCAAUCUCAUGUGCAGCAACGAAAUGCAGAUGCAGAAGGUAUUCUUCACAGUGCCAGUUUUCCUCGUCAUGACUAUGCAGAUGUCUUUACACACGGUGGUGAUGGUAGUAUGAUUUUGGAUCAUGAAUUUUGUUUUUUAAGUGGCGAUCUUAACUAUCGUAUCAAGAUGUCUCGUAAUGAUGUCCUCAAGAUUCUCACAAAUACUGACAAAUUAGCUGCAUGGGAGGAGCUUCAAAAAGAAGAUCAGCUUUUGAGGCAAAAGCACACUAAUCCACUCUUUAAACUUUUAACAUUUCAAGAGGCGCCUAUUCAUUUUGACCCAACCUACAAAUACGAUCCAGGUACAGAUUUUUAUGACCGAUCAGAGAAAAAACGUGUACCUGCUUGGUGUGAUCGCGUCCUGUUUAAAGGACAGAAUAUUACUAAUUUGUAUUAUCGACGUCAUGAAGCUCGUUGUUCAGAUCACCGACCCAUAUCUGCAGGGUUUAGUAUCAAAACAAAAAUAACAGAUCAAAAGUUACGAGACAAGCUAAUGACUAACAUUGAAGAAGAAUGGCGAGAGCAUUUAGAUCGAUUUGUUAAGGAUAGAAAGGCAAGAUAUAUUGCAGAUUAUGAAAGAUGUACACUUAAUGAAGCUUUUGAUUUAUUGGAGCUAAAUGAUUGGGAUGUUAAUUCAGUUAUUAUUAAACUCACUAUACACUAA